CGUGGUUUCGUUUACUUUUUGACAGCGUGAAAACUUUCAUAGCAGAAGUAACCAUGCUAUGUGUUAAUUGCCAGGAUCACUGAAAUGAAAGAGAAAGUCAAGAAGAAGAUCCGCUUCCUGGCAUCAACCCUCACUAAGAUUACUGAGGGUGAUGAGACUGAAGCCAGUAAGAAGUCCCUCAGGCGGGCACCUCAGGUGGGCAACAGAGGUGAACAGCAACGAAAACGGGCACCUGCUACCAGGUCAGACAAACUCAGGCCACCUCCACAAGGGGGUACUCAGAGUAAGGGAAAACAACUCACAGCCUCUAAGAAAUCUGUUCGUGAGAAUGCCAAACAGAAAUUAGUAAAAAGAAAACAAUACAAUGCUGAAGCCAACAGCACUAAAACUUCUAAUUCUACCAGAACUCCAGAACCAAAGCAAGAAACCAGUAAUAGUGGAGACAAAAAGAACAUUGCAAAGAUGAGAUUGCCAGACCACAAGACGACUGCUCAGUCAACAGUGCAGAAAUAUGAAAGGGAAAGUCCUACUAGUAGUAGUGUUGUCAAGAAGACCCCUGUGUCCCCAAACAAGGUGUCUGAUAAGGAUAGGAAUACUGCUGGGUUGGCUAAAUGGCAGAAAAUGACAAAACUUCCACAAAUUCCCCCUUUUCGGAAGAGAUCACUUGGGGAUAUGCGCCCUCCAAGUCCUGAUGAAGAUGCUCUGGCGCUGCCAUUUGGAGGAGCCAGGAAGAUUUCAGACAGUAGUUUGUUAACUGCUCGCAACGCUACCAAUGUCAUCUACACUAUUAACCAGGCAAGAAAGAAGCGACUGAAGGAAGCCAUCAAUGCACAGAUAGCUGCUGUCCAUGAUAGAGUCAGAAGGGCCUUGGAGUAUGCUGACAUCUACGAGGAGGAUCCCGACACCAAGGACCAAGAGCCAGAGGAGAUGUAUGAUGCUCGCUCCAAGAGAGAAACUAUGAAACAUCGCAAUGAGUUGAUGUUCAAGCUGCGAGAGCAUAUCGAGGAGUGUCACCAGCGCAUGGUGCUCAUCUCCGACGUCAACAACUGGAUCCAGACACAGCAGAAGGAACUGGGCAGUGAGCUGAUCAGUGAGGAGGACAUGGACGAGACCUCAGUGGAUUUGGACAUCACCCACAGGAAGAUCAUAUAUUCUUUGGAGUCUUUCACCAACUGCACCAACAAGAUCACUUCUGUGGGACAGAAACUCAUCGAGAUUAUAGGAAAGAUGUUACAUGCACCAUGUAAAGCAAGAGUGGAGAAGAUCCAUGUGAUUGAUGAGAAGACCAUGCUGUCCAACAAAGGGAAGUGGGAUCAGGCCGUGGCCACCAUACUCAACCUCUUUGACGAUGCCGCACGCUGGGUAAAGGGGGUUCCAUUCAAAGCUGCUCUCCGUAAUGGAAAGAAGCAGUACCAAGUCCUCAUCUCUGCUGUUGACAAGCGUCUGGCUGAGCUCAAUCAGAUGUCACGACUGACAGAGGACCUACAGAACAAACUUCUGAUGUCCAAGGAAAUGAUUGGCAAGUACUCUAAGGAUGCAGAUGACUACAAGCGCAUGGUGGACAGACUGUCCAGUGAGCUGGAGGAGGUCCAGGCACAGCUGAGGACCUCAGUGGAGGAUAACAAGAAACUGACCAGUCAGUUGUCCAUGCUGGAGGGUCAGGUGAAGGAACUGAAGGAGGAAUUGGCCAAUCCCAAGUCUCCGCCACCCCGCAUACCCACCCCUCCUCCACCAUCACCACCUCCACAACCACCUCAGCCUUCAGAAAGCGCCAUGGCACUGGGAGAGAAGACAAAACAACAGCUGGAAAGGCUAGAGAAGGAGAUACUGGAGUACAGGAUGAUAGUCAACAACCUGAGUAGUCGCAUCGAUGAACUGGAAGAACAGCUGUCUAAGGAAAAGCAGCAAGUCAAGCUACUCAAAGAGAGCCUGGAAAUCUACUCUCAGCCUGCUGCCGUAGCACCAAGAGGCCCCGAGCCAGUGGUAGAGAUGCCCACAGAGCCUGCCCCACCCCAGGACGUCGGUGCAGACCCUUCCUCCAACUACUACAAGACGCUGUUGUCCGGGAUGAAGAGGGACUUUGCACUGGAGGUGGACAAACUCAAGGAUCAUCUGAAGAAGGAGCAGAACAGAAAUGAUGCCACGGUGCGGCGUUUAGAGCAGCUCCACAAGGACCAGAUACAGGCCAUUAUGAAGGACUGCAUGCGUGUGCAGCGUGGCAUCGUCCACUUCCGUGACCAGGUGGCCAAUACACUGGACAAGGAAGGCUUCAGGGACUCUGCAAGCCAACUUCAACAACUUCCCAAGCUGCUACAUGACAAUGUGAAUCAGGACCCCAAGGAUGUCCUUUUGUACUUGGCUGCCAACACUGUUGAUUACCUGCACAGUAUAGAGGUGGUUCUGAACCACACAAUGCUGGCUAUCAAGGUGAUGCAGAAGGCAGGAACUGUUGGUAGUCAGCCACCUGUGGAUCAGAAGAAAGUCUUCCACCAGAUGGAGGUGCGUAUGGAAGAGAUUCGUAAGCCCUCCAAGAUCCGUGAUGUGAUGAAAUCGCCAGUGAAGCAUGCAAAUACUCGAGGUCGAAGAAAGGACAGGCAGCAAAUCAGGAAACUGCAGGGGAGGGUUUCUGAGUGUGAGAACAAGUACAUGUGUCUACUGGACCGCUAUAAGCUGGUUUGGAAUAUGUACCAGAACCAGCAAAAAGAGAUGGACAAUAUGCAAGAUGACUUUGUCCGGACUCUUAAGAAGAAGGUCAAGGAGAAAGAAAAUACAGUGGUUACAGCAAUCAAAACAGAGUUCAAAGAGAGACGAGCAGUUCAAGAACAGCAGCUUCAGUUGAGCAUCGCAGACCAGAAGAAGAACCUGCAGCUCCUUGAAACAGCCUUCAAGGAGAACAGAAUCUCCCAUGAGCUGCAUUCGAUGGCUUCAGGUUUGCUACACCAGGCCCUGGAAAUUCCUCGGAAGCGAUUCCGUUACCUCAUUGAGCGAUACAUCGCACACUGUGCUGUCAGGGAGGCUGAAAGUAAGGUAACAACAGUCCUUGAGGAAGAGAUGCUGAGUGUUGACCAGCGGUUGGAGAUCAAAGGUCACAUGGAGGACAUGCAACAUCGGCUGCACACCGGGCUGUCGCUUCACCAUCCUCUGAUGCAGAAACUGGAGACAGAGAGGAGGCACAUCUUCAAGCAGAUUCUACAAGUGUUCAACGAGGUCUUGGUUGAUACAGGGGUUCUUCUCAUCCAUCCAGUUUUUAAGGACAACUCCCGAAAAGUAACCAAGCCGUUACAUUCAGUUACUAAUCAAAAAAGAAUAAAGGCCAUCAAAGCACCACCCCGCAAGAUGCAAGAGUUGAGCCCUUCCACUGGGAUUGUGGGUAACACCAUUCCUCUCACCUUCAAGGUUGAUCAGCCUAUGUGGCAGACUGGACCUUCAGAGCUUGUUCAAGAGCCGGUCGUGACCACACCCAAAUUCCUCAGUAUGGACGUCAACCAACAUAGACUAUUGGCCAGAAGAACCCUCAUGUGUACAGAGCGCCAAUACUAUCCCAUCGCACAGAGUCGUAGCUUCACCAUCAGCAACAACAUUAAGGUGGACUACAUCACCACAGCACUGAUGUGCCCCUAGAAGAGCCUGAGAGUGUAGGACCAGCAGCAGAACAAUCAACAAUAUGUCCUUAUGUUCUCACUGAAACUGAUGCAUGAGCACCUCUACCUACUUGUAUAUUACUUGUAGGAGUUACACAAGCAGGCUUGUUUCCCUCUGACUGUGAUAUUCUGGAGGCCUUGUAUGAGUUUUGAUAAGCACUUUGAGAUGUAUAGUUAUCAAUGUUUUAUGGUUUUUAACAUAUUAUUUAUGUUUGUUAUUCUCAUUUAUGAGAAAUGUUGUUGAAGAGGUGUUACUUGUUUAUGUGAACAAGUGUAUGCAGGGUACGUAAUACUCAUUAUCUCCAUAAGUACUUUUACAUUGAUUCACCUGUUGGUUUUGAAAUACACUUUCUUGAUCCAACUGCUUUUGUGUAAUGACUCAGUUCACUGAUUAUAAAUACAUGUAAACUGCUCCUCCCUACAUGAACCGAGCAGAAGUCAUCCAACAAGAAGCGAGCAGCAGUUUCUGAUCGCAUGAUCUUUCUGAAAAUGUAAUUAAUUGAUCAAUCAAUGCCAACAACUGCAGUGUCAUCUAGUAGUUUGAGAUGGAUUCACCAUUAAAUCUCAGGACAGUUUAUGAGAGUUUUUCUAUCUGUCUUUGUGAUAUUCUCAGUAUUACUAUGUUCAACCAGCUCAGGAAGGUUGUCAUGUUUUGUAUGUUUAAAUACUUAGAAUAAAUUAGGUUUAUUUGUUACAGCUCAUAAAAACAGUGUUGUUUAA